AUGACGGUCCGUCCGACGUGUCUUCUCCUCCUCUUGCUUGCCGUGACACUCGUCACCGGCCAAUCCGCGGCUCCGUCUGCAGCUCCGACUGCAGCUCCGACUGCAGCUCCGACUGCAGCUCCGACUGCAGCUCCGACUGCAGCUCCAACUGAACCUCCGACGACUACAACCACAACAACGACAACAACCACAACAACCACAACGACAACAACACUGCCACCGCCGAAAUAUCCAGACAAGCGAGUAACAGUGUGCCCAAAUGGAGACCAACCCACUGAUACGUCGUGUAAAUCAGACGAGGACUGCACUGACAAAUCUUCUCGAUGCUAUCGAGACUUUUUCAAGAUAAGUAGCACCAAUCCCAAUGAUUUCGAGCCGUCGAACGGCUGCUGCUGUGAGUUUUCGUGUAGAAGAAACGAGAAAACAAUGAGAGUUUGCAGCGAUGGAGAAGCAGUUUUGUCCGGAAACGAGCCUGCAAACGUUCCACAACAAAGGCCAGGGAUGGCUGUACAAGUACGACACGAUUGAGCCGAAAGGGUACUACCGAAAAGAGGUGGAAGUCAGUGGAGACGAAGGAGUCGCUUGCCGUGAGUCAAUUCUUGCUCUCUUCUCGUCUGAAGAACCCCGAUCGAUCGUUUGCAGCGAUCCCCUAUUCGUUCGUUCUGAACAAGGACGGCGACGCGUCCAGCCUUCCGUUCGAUUGGAACGUUGAAGAGGCCGCGAAAAAGGAUUCCACCUUCAAAAUCAAGUCGUGCGCCAAGAACUCCGAGUGUCCGGACGACAAUCAUUUCUGUGGAGACUCUGUCAAUCCGUCAUUCAAACCGGACGAGUUGGAUAAAAGUGACAGUGAGAACGCGCGCAAGUUCUGCUACAAAAGUGGGUUGGAGCUGUAGGUUCGAGUUCCAGUGCGCGUUUCAGAGCCGCCACCGCUGCCCAAGAUGAGCCACGUGAACAUCGAAGUGGGUCUGAAGUUGUGCAACGACGACAAGGAGUGCGGAAGCGACAAGGAGGUGUGCCACAGAGUGGACAAGUACACGUUCCGCAACGCCUCGAAUCCGUCUGUUCCGAUUUAUGGAAUCUGCAUGACUGGUUCCCUCAUUUUCUCCGAUCUUUGCCCAAUGUUUUUUGUUUUCAGUGCAAGCCUGCGAGAAGAAGGACGACGGACUCCAAUCGGUGCUCAACGUGAACCAUCAGGUGUGCACGGACGACGCGAGUUGCCAGGGAGCCGGCGUGUCGGCCGGCAACUCGGACUUCAACCCGCACUGCCGACAGUACCAUCCGACGGACCAGACGCGCAAGCUGUGCUGCUUCGAGAAGAACCCCAAGUGCCGGAUCGGCGAGGCGGUCACUCCGUUCAAGAAGUGCUCGACGAUCUUUGACUGCAACACGGGCGCGGACCGCAACCACUGGUGCGACGACGGCGGCCUCGGCAUCUGCUGCAGGGACCGCGUGACGAACUCGGAGUGGCAGUGCCCCGAUCUGGCGACUCCGCUCUUCAACGAGCCCAACUGCACGGGCGUCCAGGCGACGAAUCCGUCGUCUGGAAAGUGUUCGAAGAAGGGCGGACGGUGCAAGAACGGACAUUGCUGUCCGGCGAGUGAGUUUCCGCGCUUGUGCUCCCGUUCACAAUGCCUCUUGUUUAGUGGCCGUCGAGAAGAAUGGCACGUCGAUUGUGUUGGGCAAGAAUCUCUACGUGACGGAGUUUCCGUGCGAUCCCGCCAAGCCGGUGCCCUCGCUGUUCUCGUUUGCUUUCUGUGAGCAAGAGUCGAAGAAGGUGGUGGUGGUCGGAAGGUUCCACGACAAUGGCGACAAGCUGACGAAGGUGUCGGGCUCCGCGUGCACUAUCAACGAGUCGGUCACCUCGAAGAACUACCCUAAUCCAUUUGUUUAGUAACUGCCGUGACAACGAGGUGUGCAUCUACGAGAGCGCCGACGUCCACUUCUGCUACUACAAUCCGCUGCGGGCGAUCCGACCGGAGGUCUCUUCGUUCUGGAAGACGGUCCUGAUCAUCUCGCUCUCGUGCGGCGGCCUCUUCCUCAUCUCCUCGCUCGUCUGCUUUGUGUGCUACCGCUCGAAAUCGGUGUUUGACAAGUACAGUCCGCGAAAGAAGAAGGGCAAGAAGGGCGGAAAGAGCGACAAGGAGAGCAAGAGCAAGAAGGGCAAAAAGGGCAAGAAGGGCAAGAAGGGCUCGGCGUCGAGCUCGAAGAAGGAGGAGAGCGACACGACGAACAAGUCGGAGAUGACGGAAGCGACGACGGGCGCGGCCGACACGACGAACAAGUCGACGCUCAACUAG